CCCACCAUUUUCAUCUGUGCCCAUUCUCUCUCUACUUCUCUAAUCUUCUUUCUCUCUCCUUCAUUUCUUCCCCCUUGCUUUAUUUUUUUUCUCUUCUUUGAUGUGGUGGGUUGUUACAGAACCCUCCUUUGCCUUUAGCUAAUGUAAACUUCAAAGAAGAAAAUAAUAAAUUAAAAGAGAAAGAGAGAAUAUUAAUUUUUUGUUUGUCUGUAUUUGUGAUUUCUUCUUGGAGACAAUCUCAAACCUCUUUUAACAUAAUAAUAAUAAUAAUAAUAAUAAUGAUAAUUACUGAUUAUUCCAAGUGAUUCACAGGAAUCCAAAAGAUUGGUGUUUCUUUUGGUCAUAAUUAGAAGAUGAAUUGUUUCCCUUGUUUUCAAUCGCAAAAGAGUAGAAAAUCCGCAAGCAAAAGGGACAUUGCCUCCCCUCCCUCAGAGCCUGUUGAGGCUGAGCCAAAGAAACAAAAACCAGGAGAUGAAGGAGGAGGAGCAUCCAAUGGUGGUGUGGCUCAAACAUUCACCUUUCGCGAGCUCGCCACCGCCACCAAGAACUUCCGACAGGAAUGCCUCCUAGGAGAAGGUGGGUUCGGACGAGUCUAUAAGGGCACGCUUGCUUCCAAUGGCCAGGUAGUGGCUGUGAAGCAGCUUGACAAGCAUUCCCAAGGAAGCAAAGACUUUGUGACGGAGGUGAACGUCAUUAGUGUCCUCAAGCAUCAAAACCUAGUCCAGUUGAUAGGGUAUUGUGCCGAUGGAGAUCAAAGGCUGUUGGUGUUUGAAUAUAUACCUAAUGGAUCCCUCGAAACUCACCUCCUUGAGAUGACACCAGAGAAGGAACCGAUGGAUUGGAUAACAAGACUAAAGAUAGCAUACGGAACCGCACAAGGUUUGGACUACUUACACCUUCAAGCAAAUCCUCCGGUCAUUUAUAGAGACUUGAAGCCUUCCAACAUUUUGUUGGAUGAUGCUUUCAAUCCCAAGCUCUCAGAUUUCGUAUCGGUAAGCUUUGGCCCUGAUGGAGACAGCAAGCUCCCAAUUCAGUCCAGAGCAAUGGGCACAUAUGGUUAUUCAGCCCCCGAAUACUCUAGGAACGGCCAACUCACCUCCAAAUCUGAUGUCUAUAGUUUUGGAGUCAUUCUAUUGGAGCUCAUCACUGGGCGCAGAGCCAUUGAUACCACCAGACCAAAUGACGAGCAAAACCUUGUUCAAUGGGCCCAACCGAUAUUUAGAGACCCGAAGCGUUUCCCAGACAUGGCAGACCCACUAUUGAGGAAGCAAUUCCCAGAGAAAGAUUUGAACCAAGCCGUUGCAAUUGCCGCCAUGUGUCUGCAGGAGGAGCCUGGAGCGCGCCCCCUAAUGAGUGACGUGGUUAUGACGCUAAGUUUCCUCUCCACAAAUCCGUCUGAUAUCCCUCCGCCUUCCACUCCUCCUCCAGUGGAAGAGAAAUCAAGCAGAGAAAGCUCUGACGAUAGUGGAAGCGACUCUGAAGAUGAUGAUGAGUACCACCACGCCGGUCAAGGAUCAAAAAGGCAUGACAGACGAGAUGGAUCAGGAGAAGAAGAGGAAGAGGAAUAUGGGAGUUCAGAAUUUAGUGACACUGACAACAGUGAUUAUGACGAGGAGGAAGGAGAUAAACACGUCAGCUCCGCCGAUGAAGGCGACAAUGGAGCCAGCAAGAGGAGUACAGGCAAGUCUUUGGAUGCUUCGUGUCGGAAGAGCAGCAAGAGAGUUAAGGACAACAGUGUCCCACUCCAUGGCAGCAGCCGAAAAGGCGGCAAAAAAGUGAAAGGGAAGCACAAGGUGUCAUCGGGGAGUGGUCGGAAAAAAAGUGUUGGCGACGAUAAUUCUCGAUUGAGGCAUCAGAGCAGCGGUAGCUCAAGCGACCGAUGUAGUAGCAUGAGAUCGCAAAGUGGAAGAUAAACUAAGAUUUGAUUAAUUAAUUACUUUCAAAACUAACAGCCGAGCUCAAGUGGUCUCUUAACUUUCUCUUCCUGGCUGGCUGGAGAAAUGAAGAAUGGGGAAAAUGAGAUUAAAAUUGAUUUUGCACAGAUAAAUAUGUGAUUAACUCUAUAUAUGAAAUUAUAUAAGAAAUGGGGAUCAUUUUUUGCUUCUUUCGUUACUGUGUGAUGCCAUUCCGUGAGAGAUUUUACAACGUAGAUGUGGAGUUGUGGGAACGAUUAAAGAGGCAAAAGGGGAAAAAACUGAAAAUGAUGAUGGAGGAGAAAAAGGAAAAAAAGAUUAUCUAGCAGGGAACCUCAAAAUGGAAUGGUAUGUAUUCAUAUUAAGGUUUUUAGAUUCAAGAUAGUUUAACUUUCAUUUCUAUUUACUUUUUGCAAUUUAUUUUAUUCUUUUAGAUGGUUUUGUAUCGCAAGGUUCGAAUACAAGUUUUGAGAGAGUUUUCAUUCUCAUAUUAUCACUAAGUCAACCUGUUUGAGUUUCUUUUCUCGAUAAAAGUCAAGUUCUUUUAUUUUAGUCAGUGUGUACUUUUUUAAUAUUUGAAUUGAUUAAGUACCUCCAACUUGUUAAAUGGCUGGAACAAGGUCCAACUAAAAACUUUCAAAUGAGAGUGAUCAUAUUUUUCAAAGAAUCUAUAUUAACUUAUUACUUUACUCAUCUGGAGAUUCUAUUCUAUGAGAACUCCUCAAAUUAAAAUUAUUCUUGGUAGACAUAAAGCUCCACGGAAUGACUACAAAGAUAAUAAAUAAAUAAAUAAAAAAGAACUUGACAAUGUCUUGUCAGUUAUAAUCUUGAUGGUCGUUUGAAGAAUAUGAUUUUAAAUCUAUAGAUUGUCAACAAUCUAAAGAUUCUAACUCUUCGUAUGGUUGAAAAUAGAUUUUAAAAUAUUUAUUGUUUGGUAAUUGCGAUUGUUAACAUUCAAUGAAAAUAAGAAUUUAAUUUAUAUUAAAUAACAUGUUUAUCCUUAAUAAAAAACUAGAGUGGUUCUAGAAAUAUUAAAAACGUUGUUGAUAAAUAUAUUUAAUAUGAUAGAUAAAUAAAAAAAUAAAGAGAAAAGUAGGGGGAAAAAUCAAGAUAUAGAAUCUCUCUGAUUAUGAGAGGUUUGAUAUCUGUAGAUUUUAGAGAUCUGAAAUCGCUAAAACUAAACUCCAUAAUACAAAGAGCAACAAAAAAAACUUAACUUUCUACAAAAUCUGCGGAUUCAAUUAAUCCACACCCUAAAUUCCAUUCUCCAAACGACCCCUUUGUUGUCCCUCUCUCCUAUUUUAUAUCCAAGUGGUUUAGUAAGUGAUGAACUAAUUGGCGUAAUGAGGUUUUUUAGUCUUAAUACACUUGCAUAGCCAUAACUUACAAUUUAUGACAAUAAUAGUCAAAUUUUGAAAAAUACACAAAUAUAGUCAUUCCGUCAAUAACUUUAACGGAAUAAUAAUAAAUGUUGACUGUACUAACAGUGUUUGCUGACAUGGCAAUGUUUUAUCAAAAACUGUGCCUAGAUAGAAAUUAUCCUUUUUUAAUUAAUUUAAAAUUUCUUAAAAUAUUCUCUUCCGCUGCUUAUACUUUUCCUCUCCCUCAAAGCUCUCCACAUCCACCUCUGUUUCGCCGUGACUUCAAGCUCUCCACCCUCAAUUGAUUCGAGAAACCAGAUCUAUGCCUUGAAAACUCCUAGAUCGUUUCAGUUUUGACCAUCAAUAGCUUCAUUGAAGCCCUGAAUACUUCUUCCCCUUCCUCUUCUUCCUCUUCUUCUUGUCGUUGUCAAUCCUACGGUCGCAUCCACCAGUUCCGUCGCCACCAGAAGCAAGCGGCGAGGCAUAGCACCGACCUCACACCCAUCCCAUCGGCAAGGAGCGAGUACCGCAUCAACUCGUUGAUUUUGGCCAGUCACAUAUACCUUACAUUUCUCUUCUCCUAAUCUUCGCUUCUUCCCGUCCGAAGAUUGAUAAUCUCUAUUUGUGGCAAAAGACUCGACACGGACAAACUGAGUUCUGGGAUGACAAGGAUCGGGACGACGAGGACUGGGUUCCUUGAAUCCGACCAAGAUGACAAGAAAGGGAAACCCAUUUUAUAGGGAGAGGGGAAGAAGUCGAUUUUGUCUAUGGCGUUGGCGGUGGGAGGGAAGAGUGGAGGAGGGAAUACGUCGAGCUUGGAGAGAAUUGAUUUUUCCAACUCACAUCACAUGUGCCAAAUUAGGCAGCGAAGGAGGCAUCAAAUCUCACUGCCACUAUACUACAAGAAAUUGAAAUUGUCGGC